AGUCUCGACUAUAGCGUUCUCUGUUGUUUUUCACUUUGAUUCCAAUGUAGUCUCGAUUGAGCCGCUUACAUGUUAGAGUGCGUAGUUCGCACAACCAUUAAAAUAUACAAAGUUUAUUAGUCAACAACAAUGCAAAAAGUAAAUGGAUAUGAUAAAAUUACCAUUUUCCUAAUAUGGACUACACAAAUAAGUUGACGGUACAAACCAAAGGUGGCAGAAUGCGUAGUUCGUACAAACAUUAAGGUAUACAAAAAAAAACAUCUAUACUUGGAGUAGAAAAUAAGUUGAAAACGCAAAUUAUAUUACUGGCUUAUGAAAAUGUAUGUGAUUGGACUAUUAAUGUGCAUCUCGAAUGUGCCCGCUUUGUUUACUGUUGCUACGUCAAGUAAUGAGACAGAGCAGGUAGAAUUAUUCAGGUCAAACAAUGGUGUUAAGGCAGCUGACUUGGGAGAGGAUGAUGUUGGAUGGACUAACAUUAACGAGGAGGUGGAUGUGGUAACACCAUUGGUCAUUUUACACCUGCAAAAACUUGGAAUCGAACAUUUUCAACUGCCUGAUAUGAAAGAGAGCAUUUCGAUAAAGCCCUUUUUUAUUACGUAUGAUGCUGGACUAUACCUCUCAAAUGGGAUAGUAUAUAAUCUCUCUGGCAUAGCUCGACAUGGGAAUGCAUAUAUGACGUAUCAAGGGAAAUCAUUUUUAAGCCGGUUUUAUUUAAGAAUAAAACAUUUACAGUUUGAAUACGAUUUCUUGCUGAAAGUAAUGGCUAUCGAAGGAUUUGGAAAGAUUAUUGGGUCAUUGGAUAAUACAAUCGUUUACGCUGAGCUAGCUGUAAAUAUUGUCAACUUCAAGCUCAACCUUCACGAUUUUCGUAUAAUGCGAUUCAGUGACAUUCAAGUUCAAUUGGACCAAGCUCGACUAAUUAAACAGCUGACUGGCUUUAUUUUAAGCCCAAUCACAAGUCUGUUUAAAGACCGCAUAACAACAUCCAUAGCCGAUGGUCUAAAGGAACAAAUGCAAUCUGUGAUGGAUGAUUUCAAUAAUGAGGACCCCUUACAAUUGCGCGAAUUCACAAAUAAGUUAGUAUCUGGAAUGACAUAAUAUAUAACUAUAUAAAGCCAUAAACUUAAAUAAUAAUUAAACUAUUUAAACGAUUUGGUUUUUUAUAAUAAUAAAUUAAUUUUUAACAAAUCUUCGAAGUGUUAUAAUAAAAAUUUUAAAAA